AUCAAUCAAUCAUCACAUCCAGAAGACAAUGCUCUUCAAAAGACUCUAAAGAAAACCUUAAAUCUCAUGACUGUAAUAUUGAAUAUUCUACACGAUUUACAAAUUAUCAUCUUUAAAGCAAAUUACUGGCACAGAAAAAAUCUGGUAUGUCCAUCAGUAUCGUGAACUGCAAUAUGUCUGCUGCUAUUUGUUUUAGUGUAUUUUGGCAUAUCUGCUGAAAGCCAGAAUAGAUUAAUCAGAAGAGACGUCCAUUACUAGGUUAUGGCUCAUUAAACAGUGACACAACAGUGGAAUAUGUCACGCCAUGCGAUGUAACCAAUGGAAAUACCACUAGUAACAGUGUUCUUCAUGGGUCCAUGCCAAUAGUGACAUCAUGCAAAGAUUGUAGGAAGUGGUACUUUCUGUUGGGUCCAGUCCAAAGAUAUAUUAUGAGGACCACUGGGACAACUCAGUCUAGAGAAACUAGAGAAGUCAAGAUUAGUGAGUCUGCAUUUAGCAGUUGGGAGACAGAUCCUUCAGAUGCCAUUGCAGAUGGUCACCCCUGGUGGAGGCAUGAGAGGCAGAGGAGCCCCAUUGUUGUUAGUCGCUGUAUAUCAGUGCCACAUCAAGUUGUGAGGACAGUGAGGACCAGAGCCAUGGAACAUGGACACUAAGGGAGCUACAGCAUGGGAAGCCAUUAUAAGACAACUGAGAAGACUUAGUGCAUGCUGUAAUGAAUGGCUGAGUGUGUGAAUUAGCGAUGACUCUAUAGUUACUUUUAGGUACAUUCUGUAAGUGCUCAGUAAAUCUAAUUACCAAUCCAGACCCCAUCUAUGGUCACUCAUAUACAUGACAGUGCCCUGAAGAAGAACACAGAAUAUGUGAAUAUUGCAUUGGAAGUGCCUGGCAAUUGUCUUUCAAAUGUGUGUGCUACAUGCAGUUCAUUUUCAUUCAUGUAACAUAAUUUAACUUUUGAACUGAAAUAUAACAGAUCGCAGAAUACAUUCCAGUUGCAUAACUUAUCAGCUUCAUUUAUUUGGAAGAAGGCUGCAGCAUGUUCUCAGCACUGAACUGCCCACCCUUCCUUUCUCUGACCUUUUAUUUGUUGAUGUAAGUGAUUCUGAACAUACGUCAUUCAUCUGUGUUGAUGCCUGGAAAGCACAGGAAAUGUACCAGUAUCAGUAAAUGAAGUGAGAUGAUGCAGUUUAUUUCUUGGUUGUGCAGUGUGAGAUUCUGUUCCUAAAGGUGAUGUAUGAAAGAGCACAUUUAUUUCCAUAUAUGAAUCACAUCAGAAACACAGUGUUCCUUGUUUUGGAUACAUUUUAAAGUAGCUCAUCCUCUUUACUUGCUGGGUAUUUUAUAAUUAUCAAAACACAAAGUGGGGUUGAGGUUCAGAGAGGUUUCUUCUAAUAUCUGAAUGAAGUUUAUGGAAAAGAUAAGAGCUAAUUGGGACUUCAGUAAGAAGAAAUUAUUUGCAAAAGAUGAACUGAAUAUCUCAUUUUACAAAAACAGAUUUGUUACUGCCACUUGACUUCCAUUAUCUUUUAUCAUGUCCAAGCUAUUUUGAUUUUUUUUUUGGCCCAACUUAUUCUAAUGGUAAUAGUUUUAAUGAUGGAAAUGAAGCAAGUUUGUGAAUAGACAGUCAUAGAUGUCAGUGUAUAGAAGGAGUCUUCAGCUACUUUAAUGUAAGUACCACAACCUGUUAGAUCAGAAAACUUUGUUUUAUGAAUGAAUCAGAAAUUAAAUUAUGGUAAUACAUAUGGAAGUGAUGUCAUGUAGUCUAGUAGUCAAUGUUGGCAACUAUCUACCAGAUCGCAUGGCACCACAUCCCCCAAAAGAAGUCUUGAUGUUCACUACUGUAAGACGUUCAUGUCUCUAUCAUAAGAGGUUAUGACAAAAAAUUAAUUUUGGAUAUUCAGGAUGAAGUGCCUAACAGCAUACCAGAUGGGAAUAUACAGUCAUAUUCUUCUGAUUUGAGAGAAUGAAAAUUUAAAAAAAGAAAAAAAAAGCAUUUAGGAACAAGCUUUCAAGUAAUACAUUUGAAUGAUAUCUCCCUUUAUUAUGAUUUUGUAAUGUCAGACGUGAACAUAAAUAUUUGAUCAUCACAAGCUUGAGAUAAAUGAUUACAAAUAUCAGUCAUCUCUUAUUAUUCAUGCUGUGAUGAUGACUAUUUCCUUUUUCAGUGUGAUGGUGUACAUAUAGGCAAAAUGAAGUUAAUGAUCGUGUGGUUCCAUGUUGCUGCAGUAAUUCAAAUUUUGAUCCUAUGCUCAGGCAUCAGCUCUUUGUGGAUUGAAGCUAGAAGGAGUGCAGAGUUUUACCCCAUAACAUACCAGCUGCCAUCAAGCCGUUACUAUGAAAAGAACUUAAUGGAACCAGAAAACAGCUUUGAUGGCAUAAUGACCAAAUGGAUGGAAAAUGAACCUGCACUUGAUGAAGAAGAUAACUGUAUGGUGCUAAUACUUGAUAACAUGACCAGUGGUGGUGCAGCACUCCAUGCUAAGCUGGACAAAUGUGAUAAGGCUGUCCACAACUUUGUUUGUGUCACUUAUCCAUGUGGGAACCAAGAUGUAGAUUGCUGGGUACAGAAUGCUAAAGCAUACAAAAAGAAGGGCCAGGAACAUGGAAUUCUGUUGCCACCAAAGCUUGAAAUAAGGAAGGAGAACAACACAUAUUUUCUAGAUGUUUAUAGCCCAGAGAAACUUUGGAAAUAUGGCAACAAUACUAAAACAAUAAAUAAUCCAGUAUGUAUAAUAGAAGAUGGAAAUCCAUUAAUUGAUAAUGUAUGUCUUCUAGACCAAGAAAAGGUAUUAUCAUGGACAAGUGAAAAUAGUGUGUUUGAAAACGUAAUCCAGUAUUCUGUUAGCAAAGCAGUAUUUAGAAUUAUCUCAGAAAAUGAAGGUUACAUCAUAUGCCGAGCUUUUGUUGCGGAGACUAUGGAUGAAGUUGUAUCACAAAAGCAUCUAUUCAGAUCAGAUGUUAGAAGCCAUAUUUUUGCAGUUAUUCUGCAGUACUGGAUGAAGGCAUGUAAUCUAAAUUUUUGUGAGCCAACGUACAGUUUGCAACACUGGACAUCGGUUGCUUAUAAUCUGUCACAAAAACUGAAAACAUGGAAAGAAUUUAGAAGAAUUUUAGUGCGGCCAGUCAGAAUGUCAAGCAGGACUGAAAAUACUGUCACACGGAUAUUCCGUAUCAAAAUUUUCUCUGACAUAUCUGCAGGAGAGAUAGAAACCGAUCACCAUCAUUUAAACAACCUCUAUUCAAAUUUAAAAAUCAUUGCAUCAAACAGGCCUGAUGGUCUGGUAGAGGUUCUGCAUGUCCGAAGUUCAAAGUUUUGCCACAAGGAAGAAACAUAUGGCAACAGAACACUUCACUGGCCAGUUGCUACCAUUGGACAAACAGUUUUGCCCAGAGAAUUGUGUGUCAAUUUGGAAGGAGUUCCUAUAUGGAGGCAGUGCACUGGAGAUUUUGUUGAGGGAGCUUUCUGGUCUGAUGAAAAUGAAAAUAAUGGGACAUUAUAUCAGUGUGAAGUGCCAUCACCAAGGGCUAGCUUCCUGCAUAAACUUUCUUUACAAGUAGAACAAAACCAAAAUGCAGCCAAUGCCCUCACACAACUACAAUUUGCUCUUACUUCCCAAGACACCAAGAAGUUUGGCAGCAUCACUCAUCUUACUCCAGCUGAAAUUCAGUAUGCUGCUAACACUCUGGCAAGCCUUCGACACAGCAUUCUACAUGAUUCAGAUUUGCCAACCAUAGCAAAUAUCACCGAUGCUAUACUGAAAUCAUCACUGAAUAAAACAAACAAUACUAUAGUUGAAAACAAAAUGGCAUUGGUGGUGACAAAUGCUAGUAAUAUUAUUUUAGACUCCAUCGAUCAUAUGUUGAAUAAAGUAGAACUUAACUAUAAAGAAACUUCAUUGGUUGUGACCCCAAGAUUUGUAACCUUACUUAUGGAUAUAGAAACCGGUUCCAGAGCAAAUGGAGGAUUUCAAGGACUUGCAGCUCGGAAACCUUCCAAAUAUUCUGACAAGUACUUCAGGAAAGAGGACAUCAUAACUCUAUCUUGGAAUGACAGUGUGGAAACUCUUCUUACUCUGGAAGUGUCAGCUGCUGUGCUCUUGCCUCCUCAACUUACACAGAAGCUUACAGAAGACAUAUGCAAUAAUUCUCACCACAAAACUUGUAAUGGAUCUAAGAAACAUCGCCUGGUCAUAAAUCUCUUUUGGGAUGAUGGUCUAUUUGUAGCUAACAGUGCUAGAAGUGGAAUGCCUUUACAUGUUUUAAGUGUGACACUAGAUGGAGAAAAGCAUCCAGAUCUGAAUCCUCCACUGAUACUUUUAUUUGACAGCACACAGAGCAGUGUAUCACAUAACAGAGAAUGUGUCUUUUGGGAUUUUAAGGCCAAUGCUGGUCUUGGCAACUGGUCCAACACUGGAUGCACUCCUACUCUGAGACUUGGUGAUUAUCAUACAAUAAAGACAGACAUUUGCAUUUGUACCCAUUUGACACAUUUUGGUCAGCUUAUCUCUCCCACAUUGGAACAAGAGAUAGAUGUAGCAUUAGACAUGAUUACUAUUGUUGGGUGCUCAUUUUCCUUACUAGGUUUGUUUGGGAUUGCAUUGACAGCCACUGUAUUUCCUGACUGGAGACAUGGUGCCAGUAAAAAGAUCCAACUUCAUUUAUCUUCGUCCCUUGCUACAUUAAUGCUAGUGUUCCUUUUGAAAGCCUUUCUCUUCACAUCCUCAGAUGAGCCUAAGCUGUGCCUUGUGCUGGGAGUAGCACUUCAUUUCUCCCUAAUAGCUACAUUUUGUUGGAUGCUUGUAGCAGCAUGGUUCCAGUAUUUACGUCUUACAAAACCAUUAGCUUCUCUGUGCCGCGCCCCACAUAUCCUGCUCAAAGCAGCUGUCUUUGCAUGGGGCUUUCCCUUCAUCCCUUGUGGUACUUUGUUGAUUGUCUCUCCUGAUUCUUAUAACUCAUCACAGUGUUACCCAACAGGGAUGGCACAUUACUUCUCUGUUAUUGCUCCUAUUUCCAUAAUUAUUUCAAUAAACAUAACUAUGUUUGUACUGAUCAUUUGUUCUAUAUACAAAUUACAUAAUUUUGGAGAGCAUGCAGAUAAUGGAUUGAAAUAUACAAACAGUCACCAGCUGAAUCAGCACAUCGCUUGUCGAAGGUUAAGCACACUUAUAUUUCUCUUUUUUCUUCUUGGUCUCUCCUGGAUUUUUGGAAUUUGGAAGCUUUCUUAUUUAUUCUGUUGUACAGCCACACUUCAAGGCUUUGCUUUCUUUGUGUUUUUUGUUGUCUUAGAGAAAAAUACAAGAGCUAAAUGGAGUUAUCUGUUCACAAGAAAGAAACCAGAGACAAUAUAUCCCUUCUCCAACAGAAACAGCUCUGGAUCAGUGGUACGAAGAUCAUGUGAUUACCAAAGGACUAGUCGUAAUACAAUAAGCACAUUGUCAUCCUUAAGUUAAAGAUACUAAAUGUCUGUGAGACUUUUAUAACAUAAGAAAUUGUGUUAAGUAUGUAGUUCAGCCCUUCAAUGUCCAAUAACUUAACCCACUGCCUUGCACAGAUGUUGAAUUGCCACAUGGAUGCAGUUUUUGAUUGUUUGCUUCAUAUAAAGAAAUAAUAAAUGGUACAAUGCAUUUUAUUCAGCAGAAUGUUAGAAAUAAUAAACUUUCCUAUAGGAAUAAAUACAGUUUAACUUCAGCUUCUUAAAAGUGACCAUAUUCAAUUCAACUGAAAUAUAUGUCAUAAUUCAAGUAAAUAUACACAAAGAAAUAGUAAGAUAAUGAAUUGAAAGAAUGUGGAAUUGAAGAGUCAUAGCCUAAUUUGAGGUGUUUGCCUGGAGAGCCUAAGGAAACUGAAAAACCUCACUUGGGAUAGCAUGUCUUAAGGCUGAUAUUUUAAGUUUGGGCAUCCAAAAAACAGGAGAAGUGCUACCCACUAGACCAUGAUAUUCAGUAAUGUUAUUAUGGGUGGUGUCUGCACAUUUGUGACACAUAUCGAGACAGUAUGUUAAAAAAAAAA